AUGACCGAGGUACUCUCGGUGCCCGCUGGACGGGAUGGUGAUUACUUCUCCACAAGCCAUCUUCGUCGUUCGGCGCCAUCGCAGUCCUCGUUUUUUGACAACCCGCAAUCAUCUUACUCCAAAUCUAAAUCGUCAUACGGCCGUCAUGACCGAGAUCACAACUUUUCCGUCUCGACCACCUCCUCCGCACCCUCAUCACCACCGCACUUCUCUCACACCAAUUUUUCCAAUCCCUCUUCUCUCGACUCGACAUCAGUGAGCAGCCUCUCGUCAGAAUCCAAAUUUUCACUCGAAGAUGAUCCCGUAGUGUUUCCGUCGUAUGACGAUGUCGGCUAUUACGAGCAGAUUGAGGAUUUGGAUACGUCAUCGAGCCUUGAGCCGCAGAAUGAUGAAUCAGAGCCGGCAAAUACAGAACAGAAUCCGAAAGAUGACUCCUCUGUGCGAAGUAACAGCCCUCGACGAUCAUCACCAGAACCGCCUGCGCUUGCUGCCGAGGAUGACACGGCCAUCCGAUCAGAACCUUCUCGACAUGUGGAUUACCUGUCGCACGAUUGGAAGGAGGAGGAUAUCUGGUCAUCAUGGAAACAUAUUGUAUCGAAAAGAAAAUUAUACGGUCAGAGCUCGCGACUGGAGAAUGCGUCUUGGCGGACAUGGGCCAAGUCAAAGUAUCAUCUACGAACCGUCUCGCCAGAAACAUUAAACUGGCUCAAGGAUUGUGAUGUGACUUGGCUCUAUGGCCCCUUGCAACCAGGCUCCAAUAAGAGUUUCUCGCCCUCAGUGUCGGAACCGCAAAGUCGUCUCUCGAAGAGCAACUCUUUUCUCAACAAGAAACCCAUUUUGAAGAAGCGAAGCAUGUCGGAAGUCAUGCUGCAGCGGUCCAUCUCCGCGGCGUCCUUGCUGAAGCAAGCCGCUGCGGCAGUUCAGGCUCAACAGAGUGCCAGAAAUGGAGAUGGAAACCGCCCCCCUGUCGGCCGUGCUGCUUCCGACUAUAUUACCUCCUGUGUCAUGUCUCCUCCCAUGAGUCGUGGCAAUUCAAGUGCUUUGGAGUCAGUUUCAUCAUCUGGGAUCCCGUCACCCAGCAGCGGCGAGCGGCGACACAUCAGAUUUGCUGAAAAGGUUGAGCAAUGCAUUGCCGUCGACAGCGCCGAGGAUACAGAAGAGGAGGAUGACUACAGUGCAAUGGAUGAAGACGACGACGAUGACUCAUCCGACGACGGACUCGUGAUGAUGAAGAAGACCCCUCGCAGACCCAAACCGCCGAGGCGCAACAGUUCCCGCAACAGCACCAAUGGAGAAAACAAGACGAUUGCAAAGUUGCCCUCUACGACGCUCAAAUACAAGGAUACCCCCGAGGACGAAACUCCAAAGCAACAAGUGGGUGGGUUCUGGGGAACGAAACUGUCCCCUUCGCCGUCACAAGAGACUCUCAGACCUUCCCGGCCAUCGAGCAACUUUUUGCUUGACGAGGAAGAUGAAGAUGUGGAUUUGGAUUGGGAGCCGUCCAGAGUCUCCCAUCGCGAGAACAGCAGCUACGACGCGUCAUCUCAUAUCCACUUUUCGUCAACUGAAUCGGAAGGUACGAGUACUCCAAGCGGUCUUCGGCGCACUCCUUCUGGCAUGUUUAUGCCUUAUGAGGAGGACGAAGAUGAUGUUGUGGCCGCCGGCCUCUUCGGCAGAGUCGUCGAUACCGUCAAUACCGCAAAGGACAUAGCCCACGUUAUCUGGAACGUUGGCUGGCGACGAUAA